AUGAUAAUAAACUCAACUCUUCUGGUGCUGGCAGUGUGUGGGCGACGGCUUUGGCCCCAGGGGCGCAUCGUUGGUGGCACCAAGUCGAGCUUCGGCCAGUGGCCGUGGCAGAUAUCGCUUCGCCAAUACAGGACGUCUACGUAUCUUCACAAGUGCGGUGCCGCACUUUUGAAUGAAAACUGGGCUAUCACCGCUGCACAUUGCGUUGAACACGUACCACCUUCAGAGCUACUAGUUCGUCUCGGCGAACACGACCUGGCAACUGAGGACGAACCCUAUGGUUUCGCUGAGCGGCGAGUACAGAUUGUCGCCAGCCAUCCGCACUUCGACCGAAACACUUUCGAGUAUGACCUAGCACUGCUUAGGUUUUACGAACCAGUGACGUUCCAGCCGAAUAUACUGCCGGUGUGCGUACCGGACAACGACGAUGACUACGUGGGCAAGACUGCAUACGUCACCGGCUGGGGCAGGCUCUACGACGAGGGUCCAUUGCCUACCGUACUGCAAGAAGUGCAAGUACCCGUGAUUAACAACACCGCGUGUGAAGCGAUGUACCAAGCAGCUGGAUAUACGGAGCACAUCCCCAAUAUCUUCAUCUGCGCAGGCUGGAGGACUGGUGGUGCGGACAGUUGUGAAGGCGACAGCGGGGGUCCGAUGGUGGUGCAACGGGAACGCGACGACCGCUUCGUGCUGGGCGGCAUCAUCUCGUGGGGCAUCGGCUGCGCGGAGCCCAACCAGCCCGGCGUCUACACGCGCAUCUCUGCAUUCCGCGACUGGAUCAACCAGAUACUACAGUUCUAG